GUUGAUGCCAGGUUGGAGGCAUCCACUUGAAUCUUUAUAACCCCUCUCCUUUCUCGCUCUGUCUCCCUUCUCGUCUUUAGUAGUCGGCACUCAACACAUCACAGGUCAGGCACAGCAGAAGUAAGAGCAAAGCCCUACUCUUCUGAUCUUUUGAUUCUAUUUCAAAAUUCAGCAGGUGAUCUGUUCUAAUCGGAUAACAAUGUCAUCAUCGGAGGACGAGGGAGGUGAAGAGUACCUCUUCAAGAUCGUUAUAAUCGGAGACUCUGCCGUCGGCAAGUCCAACCUUCUGUCCCGCUAUGCUCGCAACGAGUUCAACCUCCACUCUAAGGCCACCAUCGGCGUUGAAUUCCAAACUCAAAGCCUCCAGAUCGACAAUAAGGAAGUCAAGGCCCAGAUUUGGGACACCGCCGGCCAGGAGCGCUUUCGUGCCGUCACCUCCGCCUACUAUCGUGGUGCAGUUGGCGCUCUAAUUGUCUAUGACAUAUCCCGCCGAACCACCUUCGAUAGCGUCGGUCGCUGGCUCGAUGAGCUUAAAACUCAUUGCGACACAACAGUAGCAAUGAUGCUUGUAGGCAACAAAUGUGAUCUGGACAACAUCCGAGCAGUAAGCAUUGAAGAAGGAAAAAGCCUUGCAGAAGCAGAAGGUUUAUUUUUCAUGGAAACCUCUGCCUUGGACGCUACAAACGUUAAGACGGCUUUUGAGAUGGUUAUUCGGGAAAUAUACAAUUCAGACACCUACAAAGCAGAAUUAUCUGUCAACCGGGUGAGUCUUGUCAAUAAUGGGGAUGCUACCUCAAAGCAAAACCAAAGCUAUUUUUCUUGCUGUUCAAGGUGACUUCUUUUUCGUCUUCAGUUAGUGCAUGAACCACCUUUUUAAUUCAGUUUGAUUUAAUUAAAUGGAUUUGCUUGUUAUUUGAGGGAUAUGAUUUGAGAGAGUUCUUUAAUUACAGCUAUAAGUCAUAAUAUAGUUACAAAAACUAUUAUCUUCAAUUUAAGAAAACCAGUAUAAUUGUAUAAUUGGAUACAAUGAGAACGUAAUUGCAACAAAUGAAAUAGACUUCCAUUUAUGUCUUGUUAA